GCCCCCGGUUCCCCCCGCCUGGAUGGAGCGGCGAGCGAGCGAGCGGCCAGGCUCCGAGUAACCCCCUGCCAAAUAGCACUGUAGUCUUUGAAGACGAGCAAGCAUCACUGCUCUGCGUCCUCACGCAGAGAGGAGUGGCAACAGACCUGCAACUUCAAUGGAAGACCCACAGGAUUCACAGGACAGGCCUGUGAAAAAGGCAAGGCAUGAGUUGGAUACUUCAGAAGAGAAAAGUUUAAGGACUGGGGAAAUGCAGAACUUAAUCAGACUUCAGAAUCAAAGCAGUGGAAAUGAAAUCCAAAAGUCUGAGUCCAGCAGCCUGGCGAGUGAUUUAACUGUGCUGAAUGAGCCAGAAGUAAAAAACGAAGCAGUGCAAGGUACUGAGUCGGAAACUCCAACAGGAGAUAGAUCUGGUGAACCGUAUCCAGACUCGGUUAUAACGUGCUCGGGUUACAGUGCACGGGUGCCAAAUCAAGAUAACGUGCUAAUGUUUCCUGCAAAGCCAUAUCCACACGUUUUUUCUCCACCAAUAGUACAAACCUCUUACACUGGACAGCCUCGGUAUCCAGCGGUUCAGCAACCUGUAUCCUAUACUGCAUAUUCUCAGCCAAACCAGCCUUAUGGACUACCUCCCUUUGGUGCGUUGUGGCCUGGUGUGAAAACAGAGGACGGAUCCACCAGUCAGCCUGGAUACCUCAGUUACAGUCCAAGCUUCAGCUCAAACCAAACCAGCCCAGCACACUAUUCAUAUCCUCUUCAAGCAGGUUCAAGUUUCACCAGACCUGGUCUUUAUUCUGCUCCUCCUCCUCCCCCUCCUUCUGCAGCUGCUGCUGCUGCGACCGUGGUCACAAGUACUGCAGCUCCCAGCAGUUCCAAUCAGGAUUAUCCUUCUUACACAUCUCUUGGGCAAAGCCAAUAUGUGGAGUAUUAUCCCAAUUCGAACUACAGCACUGCAGUGGCCACGAACGCCAGCAGCGUCUCCACCACCGCCACCUACCCGAUGCAGAAACUGCAGGCGGAGGUUUCUGGUCUGUCAGGGGAGGGCUUUCAGUCAGGCGAAUCUGGUCCGGCUCAAAUUCUGUCACCAACAGCACUGAAGGAACUUGAACAAUCUCGGAAGAAUGUUGGUGGAAAAUCCAGGGGGAAAGGGAAGAAAAGUUGUUCGUCACCAUCACCUGAUAAUGAACUGGAGAGGGUGUUUGUCUGGGACUUGGAUGAAACCAUCAUCAUCUUUCAUUCACUGCUUACCGGGUCAUAUGCACAAAGGUUUGGGAAGGACUCGUCCUCAGCGCUAACGUUAGGGUUACAAAUGGAGGAGAUGAUAUUCGAUCUCGCUGACACACACUUGUUCUUCAAUGACUUGGAGGAGUGUGAUCAGGUCCACGUGGAAGAUGUUACAGCAGAUGAUAACGGACAAGACUUGACCGACUACAACUUUGCUAAUGAUGGUUUUCGUGGGUCGAGUUCAAGCCUUACCUCAGGAGGUGGUGUCCAGGGAGGCGUUGACUGGAUGAGAAAGCUGGCCUUUCGAUAUCGACGAGUAAAAGAAAUGUACAACUCACACAGUAGUAAUAUUGGAGGCCUGUUCAAUCCAACCAAGAGGGAUUCCUUACAGCAGUUAAGAGCAGAUGUGGAUGUUUUAACAGACUCCUGGCUGGGAACUGCUUUGAAAUCACUCUUGCUAAUUCAGUCAAGAAGAAACUGUGUUAAUGUCCUGGUCACAACGACGCAGCUGGUCCCAGCUCUGGCUAAGGUGUUGCUGUACGGAUUAGGUGAAAUUUUCCCGAUUGAAAAUAUUUACAGUGCUACGAAAAUAGGCAAAGAAAGCUGUUUUGAGCGCAUUGUAUCCAGAUUUGGGAAGAAGGUCACCUAUGUAGUCAUUGGAGACGGCCGAGACGAAGAGUAUGCAGCGAAAAGGCACAAUAUGCCGUUCUGGAGAAUAGUGAAUCACGGUGAUCUGAUAUCCCUGCAUCAAGCUCUGGAACUGGACUACCUGUGAUCGACUGGGCAAGAGACUGCAUCAGCGGACGUACACUAUUUGAGAGCAGACCACUGAUUUUGUUGUUAGCAAUUCUGCUUUAUGCCCCAACACAAGCCAGUAGUGAAUGAAACAGUCGAACUCUUAUGACGACCUUCUUCUGGUUGAUAUCAGGAAAAAAAAAUUCAAAAAACGCAGGUAAAUUGUCACAGGAAUUCUACAGAGUUAAAUUAUCACUUUUUUUUCCCAAAACAAAAAAGAAAAGAAAGAAAAACGUAAUCCAUUCACGUGCAUCACGACACCCGAGUUUCUGUUGAUGUGUUAAUGCACUGAAACUUCUGCCUCUGUUGCCCUGGAGGCUUUGUGCAAACAUCCUUUGGUUAUUACUGUAGAAACCUUCCUGAAUAUCUCUACCCUUCAGUACUACCUACAGACGUGCCUGGACAGUGCUUACAUACUGGAGGAGCCUCCCCUUUGGCUGAAGUAGUGAUUGGAGAUGCGUUCGACAAGAGACUGAAAGGAGUACUUCUGUUUACUUCUUUACUUACUGACAUUCGUUUGAGUUUGGGUGUCUCUUUUUUUUAAAAUUGUAAUUUCCAGUAGUGUUUUAUUUUCUUCCUAUGUUUAAAAAAAAAUAAAAAGAAAAGAAAAUCUUUCUAAGAUAGUACGGUAACAGCAACUCCCUAACAGAAUGUCUUUGGGGAUGAGAUACAACACGAUGCACUGUGGUAGGCCUGUUUGUUUCAAGUCACCCCUGGUGUUUGAAUGGGGAGCGGGAGGGGGCGGAUGGGAAAUAUUCUUGAAUUUCAAAGUCUCAACUCUUUUUCUCCCCAUCUCCUCCCUAAAGCUCAAAUAGUUUUUAGUUUGAUUUGGGGAACAGCGGAAUCGCUGUAUUAGUGAUUUUGUUCUGUUGCCCCGCUAAGCAGCGUUGUUCCUUGAGAAAUAUUUUUACUCGAUUAAGUGAACUUUAUUAUGCUCCUUUUUAACUCCCCAAAUGCAAUCCCCAGGAAGUAUCUGGUUUCAGCAACCUGGACAUUUGAGGUGCAGGGUAAUAAUGUGUACUAGUUCAUUUCUAAUGAUUAAAGAAUCUGUAGAACAAA